AUAAUCUAAUGAAUAUAAUAUACAUGUAUAGAUAUAACAGGUUAAAAUCUCUCUAAAUACUUGACACCCGUAUACAUCUAUACACAUGUAUAUAUAUUUGCAGUUUCUGCCGACACUGAAGGACCAAAGUGCGACCCGCCAUGGGAAAAACUUCACAUGACGUGUGUUCAGUUGAUGAAAGCGAAGCCAUUUUUAACUUGGCAAAAAGCUCGCGAUUCCUGUAUUAGUAUGAAUGCUGACCUUCUCAGUGUUAACGACAAAGAGGAAAAUGGAAAGUUGAAUCCUUUAGUGAGGGCACAUAUACGUAGUAGGGACUUACUCCAGUGGUGGAUUGGAAUACGUGAAGUUGGACACUCAUGGCUGUGGUUGGAUAAUGACGAGAAAUAUGCAAAAAUACCUGAAUGGGCCGCUGGUUCGGGGCGUUUUCAAAGCACACCAGACAACAAAUGUGGACUUUUUACUUUCAAAGGAACACUGGAAGAAGCGGAAUGCGAACAAGAGAAACCUUACAUAUGUGAAAAAUUUAAUAAAGAUAUACCGGAGCCAAUUGAUUACCAAGAUUCUUAUGAAAAUGAUAAAACGCAGGAUGGAAGUUCAGUUUCUGCCGACACUGAAGGACCAAAGUGCGACCUGCCAUGGGAAAAACUUCACAGGACGUGUGUUCAGUUCAUGAUAGCGAAGCCAUUUUCAACUUGGCAAAAAGCUCGCGAUUCCUGUAUUAGUAUGAAUGCUGACCUUCUCAGUGUUAACGGCAAUGAGGAAAAUGGAAAGUUGAAUCCUUUAGUGAGGGCACAUAUACGUAGUAGGGACUUACUCCAGUGGUGGAUUGGAAUACGUGAAGUUGGACACUCAUGGCUGUGGUUGGAUAAUGACGAGAAAUAUGCAAAAAUACCUGAAUGGGCCGCUGGUUCGGGGCGUUUUCAAAGCAAACCAGGAAAAUGUGGACUUUUUACUUUCAAAGGAACACUGGAAGAAGCGGAAUGCGAACAAGAGAAACCUUACAUAUGUGAACAAUUUAAAGAAAGAAGUCUGGGUGAAACGUGUUAUGAGGUAUCUCAAUGUUUAGCAACACAAAAUGUUCAGUGCACAGGGACUGGUACAAAAACUUGUAACUGCCAGAGUGGUUAUUACACAAUUACUGAUAGCAACCGUUGUCUAAAAAGAAGUCUGGGUGAAACGUGUAAUGAGGUGUCUCAAUGUUCAGCUACACAAAAUGUUCAGUGCACAGGGACUGGUACAAAAACUUGUAACUGCCAGAGUGGUUAUUACACAAUUACUGAUAUCAACCGUUGUCUAAAAAGAAGUCUGGGUGAAACGUGUGAUGAGGUAUCUCAAUGUUCAGCAACACAAAAUGUUCAGUGCACAGGGACUGGUACAAAAACUUGUAACUGCCAGAGUGGUUAUUACACAAUUACUGAUAUCAACCGUUGUCAAAAAAGAAGUCUGGGUGAAACGUGUGAUGAGGUAUCUCAAUGUUCAGCAACACAAAAUGUUCAGUGUACAGGGACUGGUACAAAGACUUGUAACUGCCAGAGUGGUUAUUACACAAUUACUGAUAGCAACCAUUGCCUAAGAAUCAGAGAGACACAUAAAUAAUGUUAAAAAGAAAAAAAAAAAGAAAAAAACCACGCCCCUCAAUUUCAACGUACUUUGCAACCGAUUUUAACCUAUUUGACUACUCUUCAAAG